AUGUCUACACCAUUAAAGCAUUACGAGUCCAGUGACGGCUUCACGCCGAGCACUAACAAUCGCAGCUCCACUCAUGACUUCGCGUCCCCAUCCACUGCGCUCACGCCUUAUUCGCCAGAGUUGGUGCGCAAGGUGGAGUCGGAUCUUGACGGUCUCAUCAAUGGCCUUAGCCUCAAGUCCAAGGCCGCUCGCAACUCUGUUGAUGAUCCUUUCGUGGGUGACGGCGUGAAGUCCUCCAUCUUCAAUUUGUCUGCCACGGCCGCAGACUAUGCACCACUUACAGCUCCUGCUCCUGCUACCGCUCCACCGUUUGCUCGUAACUCCUCUUCUCAGACUGCUGUUGUCACCCGCCACGUCAAACCAAAUUCUAGCCCUGUUGUUAACUUUACUUUGGCAGAGGUCACCCGAUAUGUGAAGAUCAACGGCCCCCCUGAUGAUGAGGCUGGCAUGACACGCAUUAAAGACGUCAAGACUAUGGAGGCCUCCAUUGCUACCAAAAAACUCGAUGAUGGCUCUUUAAUUUUCCGCUUUGAUCAUGUCAAGGAAGCUCAGAUCGCAUGCAAUACUACACGCAGCCUGUUCAGUAUUGGUUCGUUCCCUCCGGGUUGGUCUGCAGAGUUCGUCACUGCAGCUGACUUCCAUGGUGACCAUUCUCGUGACUACGAAGGCCAACUCAAGGUUGCCAUUACGUACCAAGGAAAAGGCAAGUGCACCGAAGCGCUGCUCCGAGACAUCGCUGUGGCCACGAUUGAGGCAAGCGCUGAAAUUCUGUCUUCCUCUGUCAAGAACUUUGAGGCCGAUAAAACGCUUCUCCUAAUGGACAUUUGGCUCGCCUCCGUCCGUGCUGCUGAGUCCAUCUCCAACAAAUACAACCGCGAGUGGAAAACCUUACCAGAGAAUCCAGACUUUGACUUCUUUGUGGAGCACAAUUGCUCAAAGUAUCCUAUGUCUUCUAAGCCUUGGGUCAGCUCACGUUCCGCUCUUCUAUUCCGUGGACAAGGACAAUUUCUUCCACCAUACAACAAUUACGGCAGCAACACGUUGUACUGUAUCUCCCCUGAAAAGAAAGACUCUAAGGUAGAUAUCGAGGCAAUCGAGAAUGGAGGCGACGUCCGCACCACAGUUAUGAUUCGUAACAUUCCUAACAAGAUCGAUGCCGCAUUGUUCAAAACUAUUCUUGACGAGCAUGUCUUCGGACGCUACGAUUUCUCGUACCUGCGCAUCGACUUCACCAACAACUGCAAUGUUGGAUAUGCCUUUGUCAACUUCAAGAAUCCUCGAGACAUCAUCACCUUGUACAAGGGACUUGUUGGCAAACCAUGGGAGGUUUUCAGCUCCGACAAGAUUGCGGAUGUUUGUUAUGCUACCAACCAAGGUCUUGGUACUUGCAUUGAGAAGUUCCGCAACUCCUCUGUAAUGCUCGAGUGGUCACCUCAUCGCCCUAAGCUGUGGUAUACUCUCGAGGACGGCCCAGAACUAGCCGGCAAGGAGAAGCCUUUCCCAGAGCCAUCAAACCUGCAAAAACUCCACCGCAGCCGCGCUAAUGCAAGCAGCAUUGGAUUGUUCCCCCCACGUGGUGUUCAGGUCAGUGCUCUUGGAUUGUCACCAACACGCGCUACACGUGGUGACUUGCCAAACUUUGGGCCACCAGCCUCAUUUGGUCAAUUUGCCGUCCGCCACUCUAAAGUCGCCACUCCCUUCGUACCUUUUGGGAUGCCAAAUCAAAGUCCUACUUAUGCAACUGACGGAUAUAGCAACAACCCUCAGCUUGCUGCGGCUCCCUAUGGUACAAUGCACUCUUACACACCAAACUCCAGCGCAUGCGCUCGCAGCGGCUUUGUCGGAAUCAGUGAUCCCGUCAUGGGAAACUUCGGCAUUCCUGGAUCUGCUUUCAUGCCUACUACACCGUAUGUUAGUGGUGGUGCUGGUGUGACUGGCCACUUCUAG